GCUCCUCCAUCCUCUUUGCUCGAGAGCCGAGCGGCAGCGGUUCACAGAUGCUCCCCUGAUUCACGGCUGCUGCUCGGAGGGAGGAAGAGACCAGAGAGCUGCCAGGAGCUGGAGACCUUUCCUGUGACCACAGGCGAGCUGCUGUCGGAGAGGAUGUUCUCGUCCUCGUCCAGAAGCUCUCUGCUCUCGCCCUGGACGUCCAUGGAGCAGUCGGACAGCGAGCGGCUGGACAUCAGCACCAAAGUGCAGCUGCACGGCGUCCUGUGGAAGAGGCCUUUCGGACGCCCGUCGGCCAAGUGGUCCCGCAGGUUCUUCAUCAUCAAGGACAGUUUCCUGCUCUACUACGCCGAGAGCGAGAAGAGAAGCUUCGACAGCAACAGAUACUUCAACAUCCACCCAAAGGGCGUGAUCCCUCUGGGAGGAUGUGUGGUGUCGGCUCAGGAAAACAUGGGGAUGCCGUUUGCCAUCGUCAUCAACCUGGAGGAUUUCACUGGAACCAUCGUCCUGGCUGCGGAGUCCGAGGAGGAGCAGCUCCAGUGGAUGGAGAUGCUCCAGGAGUCGGGCAAAGUCACGUGGAAGAACGCUCAGCUGGGCGAGGCGAUGAUCGAGAGUCUGGAGGCCCAGGGGCUGCAGCUGGCCAAGGAGAAGCAGGAGUAUCUGGAUAAACUGAUGGAAGAAACUGAGGAGCUCAGUCAACAGCGGGCGCAGACAGAGGAGCUGGAGCGUCUCAACCAGGUCCUGGCGGAGGAGAAGAUGAAGUUCGAGGAGGUGGUUCUGGAGCUGAAGUCCGAACAGGAGCAAAUCAAACAAGACCUGGACGGAACCACUCAGUCCCUGAAGGGAGUGGAGAGCGAGAAGGAGGAGCUGAGCAGCUUGACCGUGAUGCUGCAGAAAUCCAUCGAGGAGCUGUCUCAGGAGAAGCAGAGAACCCUGGAGCUCCUGGGGGUGAAGGAGCAGGAGCAGGCCGAGGAGGAGAAAGAGGAGCAGGAGGGGGAGAGCUCCUGCAGGAAGUCGUCUGAGGGCGGAGACGAGCUCGGGGACGGGGACCUGCUGAAGGACCUGCGACACAUCGAGGAGCAGAUGAAGCUCCUGCUGAAGGAGAAGGAGCUGGCCGACGAGAAGCUGAAGGAGAAGGACCAGCGAGCUAAGGACCUGCAGCAGGAGAGGGAGUUCUACUCGUCUCAGGCUCGGACGCUGCAGCAGUCGCUCUGUCAGCUCACUGUGGACAAACAGCAGACUGAGGCCGAGCUCAAGGUGGAGAUCGAGUCUCGGGUUGAGCUGGAGCAGAAGCUGCAGCAGGCGGAGGAGGCUCUGCAGGAUCUGGAGAAAGGCCUGAACUCACUGGAACGAACCAAAGAGCGAGACGAGAAGAUGAAGGGGGACGUGACUCAUCUGAGGAAGUUCUUUGAGGAGUGUAUCUGUGCAGCAGAGAUCGAGGCGAAGCUUCCAGCGAUCAUGAAGAACGCUGUGUAUCUCCACAAAGCUGCCGCUCGCAGGAUCAAGAGCUGCCGCAUCCAGAGGAGAGCGUCCAGACGCCACUGGUUGAAACACUCGCAGUCGUUCGCCGUCACCGGCUCUGACGGCGGCAGCAUGGAGGACCUGAGGGAGACGGCCCGGCGCCUCACCACCGACAGCAGCUUCCGACAGAGCGUCUACAAGAUCAUCACUCGCAUGGACGCCUCCACCACCUGAGAGGAGAGAGAGGGCGAGGCGCUGCAGGAGAGAAGGUGCCGAGCUUUACCUCCUCAGUCAGUGAAGUAGAGAACCCCCCCCCCCCCCCCCCCCGCAUCACACAGAGAAACACAAAGAAAUCGAAAUGCAUCAAAAUAAAGUUUAACAGACUCUGAAUAAACCUGAUAUUCAGUUUGUAAAAAACACUUCAUGGACGUGGACAGAACCACAGAAUCCUUAAAUCCAGAGCAAUGUGGACAGAAGACGUUUCCAAGUCGAUGAGUUUUCAAUCAAAAACAUGUGAAUGAAGCCUAAACUAUUUAAAACCAAGAGGGCUUUGCUAAAAAUAUUAGAUAGAAUAAAAACUUUCCGUCUGUUACGUCAUCAGGAGGCUGACAACAAAUUCUAACUUUGUGUGUAACAUAAAUAAACAUCAAAUCAACUUAUUAUUAAUAUCGGAAAAAACAAAAGUGAAAGAAGAGAUUUUUUAGUUCCUGUUGUUCUGUCGUCCAUGAAACUGUUUUAACUGAAAAAUGAUUUAAGAUUUAGAUUUUACAACGUGUCCUCAUCAAACCAGUGAAUAACACUGAAAUAAAUAUAUUUACUCAUUGUAUUACUCAUUUACGUGUUGUACUUGUAUAUAUUUUUGAGGUACUUAAAUAUGAAGCCACGACUUAUUUCAAGAACAUGUAAAGAGAUUUACCCUCUAAACUUCUCAGAAGAAGAAUUUUAACAGCUAACGUGAUUCAAUAUUUCACAAAGAUGAGAGAACAAACUGAACUUUUACUGAUAUAAAACAAGAUCAAAUGAGCCUUACUGGUGUAAAUAGGUUCCACCAGUUCCACCACACUGUAACACAUGAAGAGAUGAUAGUGUAGAGACCUCACCGGUGUUUUAACAGCAGUCGUCGGUGUGACUGUAGACUCGUCCCUUCACUUUCUAGAGUUUUCAUCACUUUCUAAAAUGCAGUCUCGAAUAUAAAAUCAGUACAAGUAUAAAAUAUUAUAAAAUAUUCACAGGUUGAUUAGCAUAUAGAAAGGAUGAUGCACGUCCAUCUCGAAAAAUGUUUGUUUUUAUUCUUCUCUUUGUCCAGAUGUGAGUUAACAGAGCGUUCAUGACAACAAUGAUCUCAGACGUGUUCAUUAUUGCUACAUAUGAAAAUCUGUUACUGUCCAAGCAACUCAAUGUAAUUUAACAGAAGCAAGCAGAUGAUGAUAAUGUACAGAUGUGACCUGACAGCAGAACGAUGGAGGAGGAGGAGGAGGAGGAGGAAAGGUAGAGGGUCAUUGAAAGGACUGAGCAAAAUGCCUGAUGCUAAUAAAGCUUUGUUUGAACCUC